CAAAAAAUAUAGUACGACUCUGUUUCUCUAUCUGAAACUUAAAACUUUCUUUAGUCAAGAAAUAUCAAAUUUACCUGUGUCUUUCCAGUUCUGAAGAACAGAACAAUAUUGGGUUUCCCAGUCAAAGGACAAAUGGCAUCUGAACCUGUAAAUGUGAAUGAAUUCCAAGAAUUGGCUAGACAAGUCCUUCCAAAAAUGUACUACGAUUUUUAUACUGGGGGAGCUGAGGACCAGUUCACGCUAAAAGAGAAUGUGGAAGCAUUUCGCAAAAUCACGUUAAGGCCUAGAGUUCUUGUAGAUGUUAGCAGAAUUGAUAUGUCAACCACUAUAUUGGGGUACAGAAUCUCAGCACCUAUAAUGAUUGCUCCUAGCGCUAUGCAUCAGUUAGCACACCCUGAAGGAGAGGUCGCCACUGCUAGAGCUGCAGCUGCAUCCAACACCAUACUGAUUUUGUCCUAUAAUUCUACCUGCACGGUGGAGGAGGUUGCUUCGAGCUGCAGUGCUGUUCGGUUCUUUCAAUUAUAUAUUUUCAGGAGACGAGAUAUAUCAGCUCAGAUUGUUCAAAGAGCUGAAAAGAAUGGAUACAAGGCAAUUGUCUUAACUGUUGAUGUUCCCAGGCUUGGCAGAAGAGAGGCAGACAUAAAGAACAAAAUGGUUGCUCCUCAGUUGAAGAACUUUGAAGGCCUAAUAUCAACUGCCCUAGAAUCUGAUGAAGGAUCCAACUUGGAAGCUUUUGCCAGAGCGGCCUAUGAUGAUUCUUUGUGCUGGGAGGACGUAAUAGGAUGGUUGAAAUCUAUUACAAGCUUGCCGAUUCUAGUCAAGGGUAUACUCACUCAAGAAGAUGCAAGAAAGGCUGUGGAAGUAGGUGUUGCCGGGAUAGUUGUCUCUAAUCAUGGAGCGCGGCAACUAGACUUCACUCCUGCCACUAUUUCUGUCCUGGAAGAGGUGGUUCAAGCUGUUGGAGGGAAAGUUCCUGUUCUUUUUGAUGGAGGAAUACGACGAGGAACUGACAUCUUCAAGGCAUUAGCCCUCGGAGCACAAGCCGUCCUUGUUGGAAGGCCUGUACUCUAUGGCCUCGCAGCAGAUGGAGAAGAUGGUGUGAGAAAGGUCAUGAAGAUGUUGAAGGAUGAACUAGAGCUCACUAUGGCUCUCUCUGGCUGUCCUAGUGUUCAUGACAUUACCAGGAGCCACGUGAGAACAGAAUGUGAUAGAAUCAGCUCCAUGCUUUAAUUCCUUCUUCUCUUGUUUUGAAUAAAGCUUAAUUUCUUCUUGAAACAUGAAAAUGAGAUAUCCAUAUCCAAUUUGGGGAAAAUGCAACAUCCUAAGUUCAGUUUAAAGUUUAAACAUGAAAUAAGCACAAGACAGGUAA